AUGCAACAUCGACGAGAAAUUGCAGAAGCUCAAGCGUUGGAGGAACAACAACUGCGUGAAGAAAAGCAAACACAACAUCAGAAAGCCAGAGCCCUCACAGACCUGACUAAUUUUCUGACAUUUUUGUUGAACUGCCACACCCUGUCAUUGGCUAUCAAUGUUGUCACCGACCCAACACUGACAACACAAGAAGGGACCCUGGACUACAUUCGCAAGACAGUUAACCUGAUCACAGCAGAAAUGGAUCUUCACUACUAUGAAUGCGAUAGCGUCGAGAAUCAGGUGCAAAUGAUAGUGGAUUCGAUAUAUGCAAAAGAUAUUCUGAGGCAGGAAUUUCGACUGUCUGGGUCAGUGACAUUUGACAGUUCAUUUGAACUUGAAAGCUACCAAGCAGUGCCAACCAGUGGAGGAAAUGCUGAAGGUAUCCAUCGGGGCAAACGCCGCUUCUAA